AUGAAGAAAUCAACACUCCUGUCAAUUGAUGCGUUUGCUAAAACUGAGGAGGAUGUGCGCAUCAGAACCAGGACCGGAGGUAUCAUUACAUUAUCUUGUGUGGUGGUGACAAUUUUGUUGUUACUCAGCGAGUGGACACAACUACAACAGGUUGUCACUAGACCACAGCUUGUAGUAGAUAGAGAUCGCCAUUUGAAACUGGAUUUGAAUAUGGAUAUUACUUUUCCACAUAUCCCAUGCUAUCUGCUGGAUCUGGACAUUUUGGAUAGCGCUGGAGAGCUGCAAUUAGAUAUGCUGGAGAGUGGCUGGAGUAAGACGCGCCUGGACUCUUCAGGCCAGAAUCUAGGGACCGAGAAGUUUAAGCUCGGCGAUGAUGUCACAUCAACGGGGCAAGAUGAUGAAAAUUAUUGCGGUCCCUGCUACGGUGCUAAAGACCAGUCUCAAAACGACCAGAAGCCGAGGGAGGAGCGUAUAUGUUGCCAAACAUGCGAAGACGUUCGUCAGGCAUAUGUCGAUGCUCAGUGGGCAUUUUUUGACGGCAAAAAUAUCGAGCAAUGCGAACGCGAAGGCUACGUUGAAAAAGUGAACAAGCAUAUAAACGAGGGAUGUCGGAUCAAGGGCAUGGCCAAACUGAAUAGAAUCGAGGGCAACCUCCAUUUCGCUCCGGGGAAAGCCUUCCGCAACCGACAGGGCCACUUCCACGACACGUCCUUGUACGAUAGGACUCCAAGUUUAAACUUCAACCACAUAAUUCACCAUUUAAGUUUCGGGAAGCCAAUCCAAGGCUCUCCAUCCAGUCCCAUCUCAACGGCUCCUUUAGACGGCAAGGAAGUGAAACCUGAAUUUGAUACACAUGCGCACCAGUUUUCGUAUUUUGCCAAAAUCGUUCCUACCCGCUUUGAGUAUCUAAACGGCGAGAAGAUAGAAACCACUCAGUUCAGUACCACCUUCCACUCCCGCCCCGUUCGUGGAGGGCCUGACUCUGAUCACCCCAAUACCCUACACAGUCGUGGUGGGUUCCCAAGUCUUUACUUUUACUUCGAGAUGUCUCCACUAAAGGUCAUCAACAAAGAACAAUACGCUCAAUCAUGGUCUGGAUUCCUGCUCAACUGCAUAACAAGCAUCGGGGGAAUUCUUGCAGUAGGCACUGUUGUCGAUAAGAUUACUUACAAGGCACAGAGAACGAUCUGGGGAAAGAAGAGCACUUGA